CUCGACGCAGGUCAGCUGGGGGCGAACGACUCGGGUAGUGAAAUUCGAUUCUGGCUCGGAUUCCUUUCUUGCGUAGAUUUCGCUCGAGUUGUCGUUCACAUCUUGGAUAUUGCUGGUCGUAUCUUUGAUCAUUUCAAUAGCCAGGCCCGCUUCAAACAGACGAUCGUCUACCCUCUCCUGAGACGAAUCGUGAACUGGUUGGAGAUCAAACUGAUAUCUUACGUCAUUUUCAAUAUUUCUCGCUUUGACCGAAUCAUCUCGUUCUUUGCUCAACG